AUGCUGGAAGAAGAAAAGCAACGAAGCGAACAUAUGGAACGAGUUCUGGUGGAGCUACAGCAUAAGCUUGGCCAUCGCCUAGACACCGUACUGGAAGACGUGGUGGAUGAAAGGUCGGAAGAAACUGAAUUCGACGAAGUUGUCGAUUUGAAGGAAAAUGACCUCGACAGAAAUGGACGAAACGGUGGCAAAGGCAAUGGCUUUGACGAAGCCGAGCUGCAUAAUGGUUGUAUUGACGACGAGGAGGAGCCAGACGAUUCGGAGGGAUGGAAAAAAGACGAUUUUCUUAUGGUUUCCACCCAAUCGAUUUGA